AUGGAUUUGUUAAAUAAUGAUUUUUCGGGUCUAAGGAGAGACUUGCAGAUGAAUACGGUAGCUCUGUUCAGACAGGAUCCGAAGUUGGUGGAGGCUGUUGAUAAACUUUUCUUCCAUAACUCUGUCAGAAGUGUAGAUACUAAGCAGAGUGGUCAAAUAUUACCCGACAGAAAACUCACCUUUGACGAAGUUCAACAAAUUUUACGAAAAGUUCCAGAUAAACAUUCAGAAUUUAAAAAUGUGUGUGAUGAACGUAGGAAAGUUAUUAUCAAAAAAGUUGAAGAUAUAUUAGCUGACAUAAAUAAAACUGCAGAAAAUGGUGACAAUCCUAAGUUGAUAAUCAGAAAUCAGCGAUUAUGGAGUAAUUGUAUCUACGAUCUAGAAAGAGUUACUUUGAAAUCAUUCAAAGAUGCAAAGAAAACGACUGUUUGUUAUUCGAGUAAAGAAGAUAAAACAAGAUUUAAUAUUAUAGUUUUUGUCCUAACCAAAGUUCACGAGUUGUUGUCAAAAAAAUUGAUAAUCACUAGACGAGAAAUGUUUUACCAAAAUGUAACCAGGGUCCGUAAUCAAGCUAAUUUGGACGUAGCAGUCCGGGAUGUUUGCUGCUUACUUGAGAGCCCCCCAUGGAAUUUAGGAAUUGUGGCCACAGCUAAAGGCUUGAUAGCCGGUCCUUUAUCCAUGCAUUAUGGCAAUGGGACUAACAUAGAUUGUUCUAAACCAGGCGGGGUACUUAUACCACAAGAUAUAGAAGGGAUCAAAGAAUUUAAGUCUUCUGCCAAAUAUAUAUUGGUUGUAGAAAAAGAUGCAAUCUUUCAAAAACUUCUAGAUGAAGGUGUUUUAAUUAGGCUGGGACCUGUUAUUAUAAUAACAGGUAAAGGGUAUCCUGACGUGUGUACCCGUCGCCUGUUGUGCCGCUUGUGCUCCGAGUUAGGAUUACGGGCGCUGGCGCUAGUCGACGCUGAUCCUCAUGGCUAUGAGAUAUUCCUCACAUACAAGUAUGGAUCUUUGGCACAAUCGCAUCUCUCGGCAUCUCUGGCUUGCACUAAUUUGUUGCUACUAGGUGCUAGACACCAAGACGUUAUGACCCUGGCACCAAACGAAGCGAGGUUGAAGUUAACAGAUCUGGACAAAAGAAAGCUAACUUCGUUGAUGAGGAGACCAUAUUUAGUGACAGUUGUAGGUAGCCGCAUAAAGCAAGAGCUUCUUACAAUGCUAGAAAAUGGCAUAAAAGCUGAAAUAGAAGCUGUGUCUCCAACUGCAGCCGCAAUGUGUGAUGCUUACUUACCCUCAAAAUUGAUACAAGCAGACUAUUUGGGAUAGAAGAGAUACCUAUUUUCUUAUAAAAAUAAAACUACAUUACAACAACAUAUUUUUAAUUACGCUUACCUAUUUUAAGAGUAGCCUCUUUUUACAACUCACAUGCCAUCUAGCGAAUUAAGAAUUAUAUUACAGCAAGUACGUGGGGUUGCUUUCGCAGCGUGCGGAUAUAAAGCAACCCUCCAAAGCACCCGUUUAUUCAGUGUUUUGUAGUGUUUACUCCAGGUGGCGUUAGUGGUAUAAUGUCCAGGGCUUUUGUCUAAGAGGUCUGUUUUUGUUUGAUCUUCAUUCCCAGGGCGGACUAUGGUCAGAUAAUUUAUACAUAAGGCUGCGUUCACACAAAAGUGAAGCUGACCAGUCUUAAAAAAUGACUAAUAACAUUGCACAAAAUACACCGCCAUCUCCGCUCCUCUUCAAUGGAAACAGUAAUAUUAGCGGACUUGAGGAGAAUAACAUUAAAAUGUAGGACUUAUAUGAGUUUAGCUGGGCAGAUAGUCAUGCUAGGCGGAGCAGAGACGAACGACGAACGGGAAUUGGCGAAGUGGAGCAGAGUUAGGUAAUUAUUUAGCGACCACAUUGUUUUGUUCAAUUGUUUAAUUAACCGCUCAUCUUAACUUUACUCGGCUCC